GUAUGUUUCUCUUCACAUUUAAAGCCUGUUUACAUUAAUAAGGCAAUAAAUAUAGAUUAUACUGAUUAUAAUUAAUGACCAGAUUUAAUGUGUUAGUUGUCUAACCUUUCACCUUUGACCCUCUGGUUGUUUGUGUGUCUGUGUGAUAAACUCUAGUGUAAUCUUAUCUGCACUCUAAUCUGAGCAGAACUCAGUGAGGUUAAAGAUCAGCUGAAGUUCAGCGUCAGCACAAAGCACAGAUGAUUCCCCUUUUCUCUGCUCAUGUGGUUCCUGAUUGUUCUCCUGAAACCUCGGUGCUGAGAUCAUGAACAGACAACUGCUGCUGGUGUCCAACUCCACGCUGUAUGGAGGAGGAUAUCUCCAGCACUGUCAGCACAACAUCUCUGACUUCUUCGGAAAACAGGUGAAGAGGAUCCUGUUCGUCCCGUACGCUCUACACGACCGAGACGCGUACACCAAGACGGCCAGAGACAAGCUGAGCAGACUGGGUUAUGAAGUGGACAGUGUUCACGAGGCUGCAGACCCCGUCGAGGCCGUGCGUAAAGCAGAGGCCAUAUUCAUCGGUGGAGGAAACACGUUCCGCCUGCUCAAAGCCCUCUACGAUAACAACCUGGUGACUGAAAUUAAAAAAAGAGUGUUUCAGGACGGAGUUCCGUACAUGGGUUCGAGUGCCGGCACUAACGUGGCCACCGUUAGCAUUAACACCACUAACGACAUGCCCAUCGCUUUCCCCCCCAGCUUCUCCGCCAUCGGCCUCGUCCCGUUCAACAUCAACCCACACUACCUGGACCCCGACCCUAACAGCCGGCACAUGGGGGAAACACGUGAGCAGAGAAUCACUCAGUAUCAUGAGGAACUGAACACUCCAUGUGUGCUGGGUCUGAGAGAAGGAUCCAUGCUGCUGGUGGAAGGAAACAAAGCCACGUUACUCGGCACCACCAACGCUCGACUCUUCCAGAGGGGGAAGGAGCCGAGUGAACAUGAACCUGGAAGUGAUUUGAGCUUUUUACUGACCGAUGCACAAUAAAGGAUUAAUGAGAAGAUCAGGACAGAACAUCAACACGGCAGAGAUUUCUGGGAAACGCUGCAAAUCACGAUAUAAAAAACACCAAAAAUACAAAAAGAACACCAAAAAAGAGCCACAUUUGUAAUAAAAUCUGUUCUGUGACGCGGCUGAGACCUGUACGAGUCUAAAUACAUGUUAGUAUUGAUGACUGAAUCGAAAGUUUAAAAGGUUUGAAAUAACGUUUGAUAAAGCAUUUUAUAUUUUCUUAAUUUUGCAGCUAGUGAGGUUUUCCUCGUGUGUCCUGUGGCUUAAACACACUUUACAUGAGCAUUAAAGUUCUGCAUUUGUGCUAAUAAAGUGACGAUGACGCUACAGCAAUGCAAA